UGACUAUCCGCCUGAGUAAAUAUGCGCAUCUAAUUUAUGGCAAAGUUGUCCUUCUUGUCUUCCCGUCAUCGUAUUGUGGUAACGACGUGAUGACUACAUCUCCCAGAACGCACUGCGCGAUCUGAAGCUGCAAAAGAUGUCGAGGGCCAAAGCAGACGAAGAUGAUUACUGGAACAGCAGCAAGUUUACGCUGGCUUUCACCUUCGACAAGGAGGAUGACGAUUAUACACGGCUAAAAGAGUCCAAAAAGGCUGUGAACAGCAUUUCCGCCCUAGCGGAUGAAGACGAUGAUGACGAUGACGUGGAGAAGGUCAGCUGGAGCGGAGAGCCAGUCGGAAGUAUCUCCUGGUCCGUGAAGGAGACGGCGUCCAAACUCCGGCCAGCAGGGGACAGCAGAGAGCUAGGCUUCCCCAAGAUCAGUGCUUCGCCUUCCCUACCCAAGAAUAACUCUGUAUAUUCCCUCAGCUCCCUCUUCAAAGCAAAGACCAAAGUAGGCGGCAUGCUGUCCUCUAGUGAUUCGUUCAGCGACACACCUGCCAGACAUUACGCACCAGAGCUACGGAAACCAAAAUGUGAAUACAAGGACUACAUCAGUAACUGGUCCCCUCAAGAGACCAUCCUGAAAAUGCAACAGGGAAAGGUGGUUUCUCUGGAACGGUUCCAGUCGCUGCAGGACAAGAUGCUCCUAUUGGACAAGGCUGUCGACGGGCACGACGGGAACAUCAUCACAGCUAUAUUAAUCUAUUUGAAGAGGUCUUUGUGUAAAGAGGUUCUGUUCCGAGAGCUGGUUGGCAGGGAGACAGCCCUGCGACACUACAUCCACUACCUAAAGGAGAGCGGGGAGCAGAAAGUCCUACUGGACCUCUUCAGGGCUUUGGGCCGGACUGAGGAUGAGGCGCUGCUGCAGUAUAAACAUCACCUGACCAUCACUGAUGAAAGCAAGCGCAGAGACUUCCUCAAGACCUGCCUCGGCUUGCCCUUCUCCCCAGAGGACUCGCUCCACGUCCAGGACCACUACACGCUCCUGGAGAGGCAGAUCAUCAUAGAGGAGAACGAUAAGCAGGUGGAGAGGACCGGGCAGUCGGACGUCUUCAAGAGGUUCCCCAGGAAGGCUUCCAUCCUCAACAUGCCCCUCAUCACCACCCUCUACUACUCCUGCUUCUACCACUACAGCGAACCAGAGGGAACCUACAGUAGUCCUGCAAACAUCCGCAGAACCUUCAAGUUGGCUGAGAAGCAGUAUUUCCUGACCGCCCUCGCGGCCCGGGCUAAGCUGAAGGCGUGGACGGACGUGGACUCCUUGUUCACCACCAGGAACUGGCUCGGCUUCACCAAGAAGAAGUCCCCUGUCGCCUUCCAGAGGGUGCUGGACAUCCUCCACAAGAACAACGCACCUGUCCAGGUGUUGGAGGUGUAUGUCAACCUGCUGGAGGACCUGGAGCUCAAGAUCAACAUGGCCCACAAGUUUAAAUGCCAUGACGUCAUCAUCAACACGUACCGAGACACAAAGGACAAGAAGCAGUUGCUAGGAUACCAAAAGAAGUUUGCCAUGAGCUCCGCGGAACACAAGAAGAUAGCAGACGUGCUCAACAACUCUCAAAUCCGUUGGAAGAACUGAGGUUUGGACCACAUCCUGACCGACAGUUGUGUGUCGAAAAACAACUCCUGCGUGUGAUUGGUCCUCCGGUUCCUGGUCUGUAAAUAUGUAUAUACUGUAUGUAUGUAUGUUUACCUUAUGUAUGUACUGUAUAGUGAACUUUUCAAUCUGACAUGAUUAAGUCAUAACUGGGAUUCAUUUUGCAUUUCAAUAAAGAAUUUAUGAACUAUU